CCCAUCUCCACCUCUUCUUGACCAUCACCGAAUCCCGCUCGUUUGCGUGCACCAUGGCCUCACGACCCUUCUCGCGCCUGUCGCAGCACACGGCCCAGACAUCACACAGCAAUGCGCUUUCUUUCGGCGCACCACGGCCCGCACACGGCAGCACCUCCAACGAUCCCCUCCAGCCGCUACGCGCAAUGGCCGACCGGGUGGGGAAAGAAGUUGAAAAGUUCGCAGAGCGAGUCGACCACUGGCACACGCACGGAAACGAGUCGAAAAAGGCCAAAUACCAAACCACGAUCAAAUUGGUGGGCAAGUUCCAAGAUGUUGCCGAGUCGCAGGUCAAGGAGCUGAAGCGAACGACCGAGGCGGAGAACAAGGGCAGUCUGAGCAAAACAGUUCGGCGCCAGAUACAGAGCAUGGCAGAUGCGUCGGACAAUGCACAGAGUCUCUUCAACCAAUCGUCCCAGUCCAUCGUUUCAUCUAUCGAGAACAACACCACCCCUGUCUCCGCCAACGUCAAGGAGCUCCGAGAGUGGCAGGCAGAACUCGCGACCUGGAAGCUGCUCAGGCUUGUCAUCGAACACUACCACCCCGAUCCCGACACCGAUGUGGCUGCAGAGAAGACGGCGCGCUUGCAAAAUGUUGGAGGAACCGCGCGGUAUUGCAAGAACAGCGAGAUCUGGGAUCGCUUCAUACUAGAGGAUGACCAGGCGAAAGAGAAGGCGCUUGUUCUGCGCUGGCUGGAGCAGACGGCACGAGACAGCGAAAGCGACGUCAAGGCCAUCAUUGCAGGGCUGGAAGAGCACUCGGGCAAGGGCGCGCAUACCUGGACAAGCGGCUGGCUCGAGACCAAAGCAAAGAUUAAGCAGGCGAAGCGCAUGGAGGGCGCCGAACAGCCUCUGAAGCCCACCAGUGUGAACAUCCAGACCUCGGACAAGACGGCGAACCUCGUUACCCAACUCGACCCAGACGCUCCCUCGCGGCAAAAGCGCGCGCUUGAAAAGAAUGACGAAUACUACGAACGCUCUCUUUGGAUGGUUGCAUACGAAAUGAUGCGACGCGGACUGCCCUGGACGACGAUUGUCGACUGGUGCUACGAGAGAAACGAAUCAUGGCGCGGAGUCAGCAUUGGAGCAGCCUACGAGAGCCACCCGGAAGGUGGCCCAAAUGUCGCUGGGCCCACUGUUGGCUAUUUGUUCCGCCGCAUGUGUUUCUACGCCGCAAGGGGCGCACGGAUACCUCAUGAAGGUGCCGUCUACGGUCUACUGAGCGGUGACUUGAAGCAGGUCCAGGCAGUCUGCCGAUCUUGGGACGACCAUCUCUAUGCGCAUUAUAAUGCUCUUCUUCUUUCGCGAUUCGACUCGUACCUCCAAAAGAACUACCCCACCAAGGUGACGGAAAGCCUGACCCAAAAGUUCCUUUUCCAGGAUGCUGUGGCCAACAUUGGAGACUGGGAGGCGUCGCCUGAAAAGGUUGUUGGCAUACUAAAGCAGCAGAAGAGCACUGCUAGUCAGGCUGCCUCGCCCCUGAAGCUCAUUCAAGGCGCGCUCAUUGGCAGAGAUGUAGAUGACCUGAUGCUAAAGGUUGGUGUGGCCUUGGCAGAUAUUUUCGAACACGACGAGCGGCCUCACAGUCUCAUCAUACACCCAGACUCAUCAGAGGAAGACCGAUCGCCUAAGCCUGCAGGGGAACACCGAACUUUUGAAGCCGAGCGGUAUUAUCAGACACUUGUCCAGGAUCCACACGCGUUCCGUAUCUUGGUGCACAUCUUCAUCAUUCUUCGUAACGGCCUACAUACGCUCUUUGAGGAUACACAGCAAGACAAGCAGUUCCUGGUCAUGGAUAACGUAAUCGCCGCUUACAUUGAGUUCUUGCGUCUCACUCAGCGUUUUGAUGCGAUCCCGCUCUAUGCCGCGCAAUUGAUUGAAGAACGGGCAGCCUACACCCUUGCACGUGUUCUUCCUGAUAUCAAGAACAACAUGGAGCAACGACACUGCGUCGCACUGAUGGAAGCAUACCGAAUUGACGUGAUUCAGGUCGUAUCUCAGAGCUUCACAUUUGCUGCGCGGGACAGCGGCUUCACCCAUUUCAGCAGCGCGGGCUACACCGUCAUCACGAACCCUAUCAAGCGGUUCAAGAUCUUGGAGCCCAUUAGCGCCCCUCAGGAGCAGGUUCUAUGGCCCGGUGUGCGCAUCAAGCGGACAUUCGAUGGGGAGAAGAUUAGCCAUCAAGAUGAGAUCAUUGCCGAUGCUUUGCAAUGGUACAACUACAUUGGCAAGGAUUACGAAAACACUUUCCAACAUCUGAACAAUGCGCUGACCAUUUUCCUUCUCAAUGGCCGCCUAGCUGCCGCCGAAAAGGUCAUCAACGAUCUCAGCGUCGAGUCUCUGUCGUUGUCGCGAACAGAAGCUCUGAUGGGCUACCCGUUCGACUUCAUGACACCAGGAACAGAAGAACAGGACGAACGUCAACUUCACGAGCACCGCGACAGUCUCUCCACGACCGCUCGAGCUGCUGCCAUUCCAUUGUCACAAUUACCCGAGGCGGAUCAGCACAGGGAAAUGGUGAUGCGUCUGCGCAAAGUCAGCGCACCAUACUAUGAUCUCCAGCAAAUUGUUCGCUUGCUCGUUCUCUUCCGCGAAUGGCGCGAGGAGGAACAAACACUCAUCCAAAUCCGCGCAGAACGUCAGAAAGAGCCCAGCGCCGCAAAGGCCAAGCCAGAUACACAACACACCAAAGCGCUCCUGGACUCGAUCACGACCAUAUUUGAUGCCCUGCUGCCUUCAAUUUCACUUUCCUCGGCCGCCGAUCCAGAGUACCUGACGGAGCAAACCUGGGACCUCUUCAAGGCCUACAUUCCCGACAUGAUUCUUGCCUACCUCUCGGUGCUGCAAUCUGCAUCGUGGUUCCUGAACAAGGAUCCGGCCAUCAAGGCCAUGGAAGUUGCCGUUGCCAUUGCCGACAAGAGCAACGAGUGGGUGCAACGCUGUCUGCUGGAAACGGGCCGCAUGAGCGAGGUGCUCGAGUGCCUGGCCGGCGUAUCCAAGUGCAUGUUGAAGCUGACCGAGGGCGGCAAGGAGAAGGGCAACAAGAAGCGAGGUGGCAAGGGCGAGACACUGAGAAUAUGGGACUUGGGUGCUAGGUAGCCUUAUUGAGAAAGGGGGUUGGUUGUGUUCGGCCCAUGUGUAUGAUAUAGCAUUGGACUUUGCUUUUAGCCGUAGUAUAUGCAGCAUAGCGUGUCGAGAGUAGACUAUACGAUU